AUGCCAAUCAGUGACGUUGAUGCUCCCAAGCAUCAAGUCGCUAUCAAGUCUAUCAUAAGGGCUGUUGAAAGCAACAGAAGUGAAGGAUCGUCUGAGAAUUCAUUCUCAUGCUGCGGACCUCUGGUUCGGUUGCUGGUACGGUCCGGACAGUCGAAAGACUGCGAUGAUAUUGUGCCAGGGCUUACCUAUAAGCAACAACGAGAUCUUAUCAUCAGUUCAAUUCAAACGAUGUCCAAAAAGCAGUCGAACCGGUUUUUUGGUGGUCUCAAGAAACACGUUGAGGGUAUUCUCGUAAACGAAGCGUACGUUCCUUCAUCUGUAUACAACGAAACCAGUGGUGGUGACAAAGACUCGGCCAUAAUUCCUGACGAUGAAUCUACAAAAUGUCUCUGCUUCCUGAAGUGUGCAGCAAUUUGCGUCGGAAAAUUCUUGGAAGGACGACUACAACAAGAAAAGGAAAGGGGCAAACCAACUGGAUUGGAACUUUCAAUAGUCCCACAGGUGUAUGAAGUUGCAUCCAACUUACACAAAAUAUUAUUCUCGCUUCAUGUGUGCGGUCCUGAUGGAAUUUCUACCCAAGAUUCUGUAUUGGAGAUGUGCGAGAAGUGGUGGCUGAGCAAUGGAGAGAAUAAAGAGAGUCUUAUUGCACAAUGCUUGCCACUCAUUGUUCUCAAGGCUCUAGAUGAUACUGAAUUCCAGAGCUCUCAUGUUAAGAGACUAUUCAAACUACGAGAAGCGUUCCUUGUCAUUGAUUUCAAGAACCACUCCAGCGAUUCUUUGCGAUCUCUCUUGCUGAGGAUUGCAUCUAACCCGUUGCUGUUGAAACUACCUGAAGGAAAGAAGUUUCUCUCCUGUCUCCUUCGAGAUCCGGAUCUCAUCACUGAUUUGCAUAUCUCAUUCAGAGCCCAGAUUCCAAUGAGUAAGAAAACCGCACUACAGAGUUAUGGAGAGAUCUACUUGUGGUCAUGGAGGGAUGCUUCACAAGACGCCGAAGAGUUGCGAGAGACGAUUGAACAUACAGCACUUCAAGAUCUGAUGUAUGCUUCCAUCCACGUAUCAUCGGAAGCGACACUAAAGUCUGUUAUGACUGUAUUGGAUGUCUUCUUUUUCGAUAAGAAAAACACGGAAAUAGCAUCUCUGCUGUAUAGGUUGUACAAUCCUAUUCUUUGGCGAUCAUUGUCAGCAACCAAUCCAUUGGUCAGAAAGAAUGCAGUGCGAAUCCUCGAGAAAAUCUUUCCUCUGCAUGAUCCCACUACAAGUGAUACAAGAAAUGCAAUGGAUAAAGCUAUAAAGGCUUUGGAUAGUGCUCUCCAAGACAAAGAUAUCACUGUACGAAUAGUGGCUGCCGACGCCACGGCUAAGAUCGCUGUGCUCUUUUGGGAUGUAUUGCCUGCAUCUGCCAUUCGAUCGCUCCUCAACCAUAUCAUAAUCGGCCAUGCUUCCGACGCUUCAUCAGUUGCUGUUCGAGUAGCUGCCUUGGAGGCUAUCAUAAGUCUUUUGGAUAUUCCUCAAUCCCAUGCUGUUUUGCGCCCUUUGUUACCUUCUUUGGGAAACCUUGUUCACGAUAAGUCCGAACGAGUCAGGUCGUCGGCGUUGAAGAUGCUGCUGAAGGUCAAAGAAAUUCGUGGCAUCCGAUAUUUCCACGUGGUCCCCGUCAGUCACCUGACCGCAAGACUUUCUGAGGAGACUCGUCUUCAUCAUGACCCUCGGAAUGCCAUCUCCCGCCAACUGACAGCACUCAUGCUCAACUCAUACUUCCCACAGGGACCGAAUGUUUCUGGGGCUGAUCAACUUCAACGUACAUUGACGUUUUUUCACACAGAUCCUGAUGCAGCAGUUGCGUUUUAUGCCAAUCUUGUGGACCUCUUGGAUAUGAAACCACUUGUCAAGUUUAUUGCCAUGCUUUUGACAUGUCUCAAAUCGGCAGUUGAGGUUGAGCAGGCAAAAGUGUCUGAAUCUGCGAAGUCGAAAAAAAAGAGGCGUCGUUCUCCAAUUCAAGAGCAGGAAGGGGGUGCUACAGAAAAACUUGUACCUUCCAAUAUUGCCUUUAUGGAGGCACUCACCGAAACCCUCUGCAUUAUGGUUGAAUCGAUCAUGCCAAGAACUUCUGCAGAUUGCGAUGAUGAUUGCAACAAUCUCCUUCUCCAACAAUUUAGUGACGUGGGGUUUGUCAAUAUUUUGGUGUACUUUGGUCAACUAGGAUCCGAAUUACAUGAUUAUCGAUGUGAAGAAGCAAGUGGUUGUCUUCGCACGUCCUCGUCUCUCCUCCGAUGCAUGUCACAUCUACCAAAAGAAACAGUAGAUGGCAUUGCUGACUUUGUCUUCGCGUCGAUGACGUCAUGGAAUCAAGAAUAUCAGCCGCCCCACCUCGUCUUGUCCCAUCUUGCACCAUUGUGUGUCUGGGGAAUGACGGUUGAGGUGACAGAAACACUUGCAAGGUCCAUUCAAGUUCCUUUCAAGGAUGAGAACAAUAUAUUUUCUCCUUUGUCCAUAAGUCUUGAUGAGACGGCGACAGCGCAUCGAAGGACCUCCAUCCAACGACAGAGCAGCCACUCAACGAUCAUCCCAGAACAGGAUCCCUACACAGCUUUGGAGGUUAUAAAUACAAUCCUACAGAGUAGCGACCCAUCUAGUACCUUCUUGAAGGAUCAGAUUUUGACAUGCGAAAAAUCUUGCGCGUCCAUCAAGUUAGCGCUUGAAAGAGGCAUUGCUCUGGCUGAAAAGGUUUUCCAAGCGGAUACAAAUUUUGGAAAUGGGUAUAGAGAAAGUCAUUUUGAGUACAUACUCUGUAUGUGCGAGACAUAUGGAAAGUUUGUCUUGCACAAGGUAGCAACAAUUGAAAACAGUGACGAGUACCGAUCACAGAUGAAGACGUUGCUUGAGUGGACUACUGAAAAGGCUCUUGUAGCGUUUCUCACCGCCCGUCCUGAGGGAAAUGAGCUUCGACAGCUGGAUUUAUCACGUAUUUCAAAUGUUUCUGAUUCAAUGGUGUUAUCGCCACCAAGGCAAAAAGUUGACUUGCGUAGAACCCCGACGCGACUUGGACGACCGUCUUUCGCCUCUGGCAGUGACGUUCCGCCGUUUCUACUUACUUCCUUCACAGCUUCAUUGCUUCAAUCUGCUUGUAUCCUUUUUGCCGAAGAGCUUGCCUUGGGGUCUGCAAACAGCAACGACAUUGCUGAUGCUGCAAUAAUUUGGUGCAAGGUGUUCGGCGAGGCUAACAAGGAAAGCAACGAAGGCGCAGAGUACAUCAUCGAGGGAAUGGUUCCAAGUUUUUUCCGCCUUGCUAUUCAACUAUGUAAAAGCUCGUCAAACUUCCUUCUCUUGAAAGAGUUAUUAACCUCGUGCCAAGAAAAGACACUGCGGAGAGUCAAAGACCAUGUGAAGAAAGCAAUAUCAUCGCUCCUUCAUGGAAGAUUUGGCGAGCAGUCGAAUCUCACAGAUGGUAUCAUUGAGACUGUCAUUAGCGCCGCGGCAAAUACUCCGUCGGAUACGGACGAAACCAUACUCGAGACAGACACAUUUUGGACAACACAAAAUGGAUGCGUAGGCCUCGCAUUGGAAGCUAUAUUUACUAGCAAGACGGCAGCCAUGGCACUUGUUCAGAGGUUGACUCAAGAUCUCUGUUUGGUUGCAGACGAAACAACUACAGUAGAUAUGUUCAAGUUAAGAUGUUUGCAAGAGUUGAUGUCACGCUCUAGUCUUGCAGCAGAGAAGACAAAGAGGGAUUUGACUGUUGAUCAAUUCAAGGAAGGGAGUAAAAUGAGAGGCUACGUGCAGAAGCUAUUCGAGACGGCAUCAUGA